AUGGACACCGAGGUCCUGUGCCUCGGGGGCCUGCUCCUCCCCCUCCUCUUUCCCGUGCUGGCAGGCUCCCAGCUGCAGGUGUUCACAGCACCCUCCUUUCAGGCCCCGCUGGGCUCCAGGGCUGUGCUGCCAUGCCGCUUCGAUGUCAGGGGGCCCGUGGCCCUGGGCUCCCUGCAGGUGACGUGGUACCGCUGGGACGAGAGGGUCGCAUGGUUCGACAAAGGCCAGGCUCAACCCAGAGGGAGACUGUUGGAGACAGACCUGCAGAGCGGAAACGCCUCCCUGUCGCUGGCCAAGGUGGCCGUGCCAGACGAGGGGCUGUACAAGUGCGAUGUGCGCUACGGUGCCCAGCAGCAGCAGGGGAGCACCACCCUCCGUGUGGUCGCGUCCCCGACCAUCUCCAUCCAAAAGCAGCAGGUGGUGGGUAGCACAGAGACCUCCCUCCUGUGCGACGUGGGGGGCUUCUACCCCAGGGAUCUGGAUGCUACAUGGCUGAGAGACGGACAGGUCCUGGACAGCUCCACCCACUCCAGCCCCCAGAGGAACCUGGACGGGACCUUCAGCCUCACCCUGACCUACACCUUCACCCCUGCCAAAAGCGACACUGGCAGUGUCUUCUACUGCCGCGUCCACCAUCCAGCCUUGGAGCAGCCCCUGCAGGCUGAGCUUGCCCUGGAUGUCCCAGCUACAGGCUCGGAUCGCACCGCUGCUGUGAUUGGGGCCGUCGUGGGCAUCGUCAUCACACUAGGAGCUGCGGGUGCAGCCUUUUACUGCUGGUGGCAGAGGAGAGGCUGGGGGUCCAUGUCCAAGGUGGAGGGGCCGGAGCGGUGCCGGCUGGGCCAGGAGGUGACUCUGCGCUGCUCCAUGGAGGGGAAGAUCCCUGCGGACACGGCUGUGACGUGGGAGCGGACACAGGGCGAGGACAGGGCGGUGAUCCAGAAGGACGGGCCCGGGGCGGCCCCUGAGCACCAGCCACUGUUACCGGCCCUGCCCCCGGGCUGGACACCGACAGAGGAGAGGUCUGAGACCUGCCUCACGGCCUCCCUGACCUUCACGCCCACGGUGCAGGACCACGGGGCGCGGGUCCGGUGUCACUUCCAGCACGAGGCCCAGCACAGCAGCAAGGAGCCCGCGUGGUGGGAGAUCCAGGUGUGGGCCCCGCCGGAGCUGUCCGGGAUCCAGGUGUUACCGUGCUGGGACCCCCCGGAGGAGGUGCCCUUUGCCAUCGACCUGCAGAACUUCUUCCCCCGGGAGAUCCACCGCGUCGAGUGGAGCGUGGACGGAAAAGCCUGGGAACGGUCGGAGCCGAGUGACUGGAGGGAGAACGAGGACGGGUCGUUCAGCGCCAGGAGCGUGUGGAGGGUGCCCGGCUGCAGACUGACCAGCGCGGAGCAGCGAGUGCGAGUGUCCGUGCAGCACGGCCCCGGGGACCCCCCGAUUGAGGGAGAGCUCAUCCUCGCAGACACCGGUCUCCUGCGGCCCCCAGACGUGUCGGGAAUCUCCCAGCCCCAGGCAGUGACGGCGGGGACGGAAGCGGCCCUGAGCUGCCGCGUGGCAGGGCAUUUCCCAGGGGAGCUGGGGGUGACCUGGCUGCGCAAGGGCAGAGGAGAGGCUCGUGCUGCGCCCCUGCAGGACUCGGCCGAGUACCGGCUCGUCCCUGGCCGGCCUGUUCCAGCCACUGAUGGGAAGAGCUUCCAGCAGGAGCCCAGACUCCUCUUCACCCCCUCGGUGCGCAGGGACCAGGGGGCCGAGUACAUCUGCCGGGUGGAGCACGCGGCCCUGCAGACCCCCGCGGAGCGAUGCAGCACAGAGCUGCAGGUCACAGCCCCCCCGGAGCUGUCCAGGAUCCUGGUGUUACCGCGCUGGAACCCCCCGGAGGAGGUGCCCUUUGCUGUCCAGAUACUCAACUUCCACCCGAAGGAAAUGCACCGCAUCGCGUGGGGCUGGGACGGGGACGGGAGCGGGAGAGCAGACACCGCCGAGCCCUGCCAGAACCCGGACGGCACGUUCAGCGCCACGAGCGUGUGGAGGGUGCCCAGCCGGAGCCUGGCCCGCCCGGAGCAGCGAGUGCGAGUGUCUGUGCAGCACGGCCCCAGAGACCCCCCGACGGAGAGAGAGCUCAGCCUGCGGGACACCGGUCUCCUGCGGCCCCCAGACAUGUCGGAAAUCUCCCGGCCCCGUUCAGUGACCGCAGGAAGGGAAGUCACCCUGAGCUGCCACAUCGCACGGCAUUUCCCAGGGGAGCUGAAGGUGACCUGGCUCCAGAAGCAGAAAAGAGCUCGUGACCCUGUUCCCGUACAAGACUCCCCCAAGUGCAGGCUACUCCCUGGCAGAGCCGUCCCAGCAGGGGAUGGGAAGAGCUUCCAGCAGGAGGCCAGACUGGUCCUCACGGCCGUGGAGGAGAAGGACCUGGAGGCAGAGUUCAUCUGCCGCGUGGAGCACGUCGCCCUGCAGACCCCCAUCGAGAGACAGAGCAGGGAGCUGCGGGAGAGCGCCCCGCCGGAGCUGUGCGGGAUCCAGGUGUUACCACACUGGGCCCCCCCGGAGGAGGUGCCCUUUGCCGUCGACCUGCAGAACUUCUUCCCCCGCGGGAUCCAGCGCAUCGAGUGGAGCGUGGACGGAAAAGCCUGGGAACGGUCGGAGCAGAGUGACUGGAGGGAGAACGAGGACGGGUCGUUCAGCGCCAGGAGCGUGUGGAGGGUGCCCGGCUGCAGACUGACCAGCGCGGAGCAGCGAGUGCGAGUGUCCGUGCAGCACGGCCCCGGGGACCCCCCGAUUGAGGGAGAGCUCAGCCUCGCAGACACCGGUCUCCUGCGGCCCCCAGACGUGUCGGGAAUCUCCCAGCCCCAGUCAGUGACGGUGGGGAGGGAAGUGGCCCUGAGCUGCCGCGUGGCAGGGCAUUUCCCAGGGGAGCUGGGGGUGACCUGGCUGCGCAAGGGCAGAGGAGAGGCUUGUGCUGCGCCCCUGCAGGACUCGGCCGAGUACCGGCUCGUCCCUGGCCGGCCUGUUCCAGCCGCCGACGGGAAGAGCUUCCAGCAGGAGCCCAGGCUCCUCUUCACCCCCUCGGUGCGCAGGGACCAGGGGGCCGAGUACAUCUGCCGGGUGGAGCACGCGGCCCUGCAGACCCCCGUGGAGCGAUGCAGCACAGAGCUGCAGGUCACAGCCCCGCCGGAGGUGUCCGGGAUCCAGGUGUUACCGCGCUGGGACCCCCCGGAGGAGGUGCCCUUUGCCGUCCAGAUACACAACUUCCACCCGAAGGAAAUGCACCGCAUCGCGUGGGGCUGGGACGGGGACGGGAGCGGGACAGCAGACACCGCCGAGCCCAGCCAGAACCCGGACGGCACGUUCAGCGCCACGAGUGUGUGGAGGGUGCCCAGCCGGAGCCUGGCCCGCCCGGAGCAGCGAGUGCGAGUGUCUGUGCAGCACGGCCCCGGAGACCCCCCGACGGAGAGAAAGCUCAGCCUCCGGGACACCGGUCUCCUGCGGCCCCCAGACGUGUCGGGAAUCUCCCAGCCCCAGUCGGUGACGGCGGGGAGGGAAGUGGCCCUGAGCUGCCGCGUGGCAGGGCAUUUCCCAGGGGAGCUGGGGGUGACCUGGCUGCGCAAGGGCAGAGGAGAGGCUUGUGCUGCGCCCCUGCAGGACUCGGCCGAGUACUGGCUCGUCCCUGGCCGGCCUGUUCCAGCCGCCGACGGGAAGAGCUUCCAGCAGGAGCUCAGACUCCUCUUCAACGCCUUGCUGUGCAGGGACCAGGGGGCCGAGUACAUCUGCCAGGUGUUGCACGCGGCCCUGCAGACCCCCGCGGAGCGACGCAGCACAGAGCUGCAGGUGACAGCCCCGCCGGAGCUGUCCGGGAUCCAGGUGUUACCGCGCUGGGACCCCCCGGAGGAGGUGCCCUUUGUCGUCGACCUGCAGAACUUCUUCCCCCGGGAGGUCCACCGCGUCGAGUGGAGCAUGGACGGAAAAGUCUGGGAACGGUCGGAGCCGAGUGACUGGAGGGAGAACGAGGACGGGUCGUUCAGCGCCAGGAGCGUGUGGAGGGUGCCCAGCUGCAGACUGACCAGCGCGGAGCAGCGAGUGCGAGUGUCCGUGCAGCACGGCCCUGGGGACCCCCCGAUUGAGGGAGAGCUCAGCCUCGCAGACACCGGUCUCCUGCGGCCCCCAGACGUGUCGGGAAUCUCCCAGCCCCAGGCAGUGACGGCGGGGAGGGAAGUGGCCCUGAGCUGCCGCGUGGCAGGGCAUUUCCCAGGGGAGCUGGGGGUGACCUGGCUGCGCAAGGGCAGAGGAGAGGCUCGUGCUGCGCCCCUGCAGGACUCGGCCGAGUACCGGCUCGUCCCUGGCCGGCCGGUUCCAGCCGCGGAUGGGAAGAGCUUCCAGCAGGAGCCCAGACUGGUCCUCACAGCCGUGGAGAAGGGGGACCUGGGGGCAGUGUUCAUUUGCCGUGUGAAGCACAUUGCCCUGGAGACCCCCAUCGAGGGACACAGCGGGGAGCUGCAAGUCACAGGUCAGUCAGCGCCUUUACACCGGGAUGUCACAAGGUCCCGGUCCUUUCCCACUCGCUCUGGGCCCUCUGGGCAGGAGGCUGCGUUCGUGGUGAUGGCAGUUUUGCUGGAGCAGGGAGUUCCCAGUGGGAGACCGGACCCCACUCUCCAUCAGGGAAGGUCGAGGAUGGUGUGGGGAGGCCAGCACCUGUGGUAACACUGCUGCUCCUGGCUGCUGCGGCUGGGCCCCGGCACUGGGGCCAGAAUGACCCUCGGUCUCAGCCCCUCGAGGAGAAUGCAUAGGCCCCAGGAACUGACCACCUUGCUCGGCGUUUCACUCCAGCUGCCGGGGGAAGGGGAUGCGGGGAGGGCUAGGGAGGUCCUAUGCAGGGUCUGGGUCCCCAGGGCAGUGAGCACUGACCAGCCCCAUGGACAUCUCUUGCUCCAGGACACCAGAUGCCCCCAUGUCCCAGGAUCCUGAGUCCAAGGAAGGGAAAGCAGAUGAGGGAGCCCCAGGGGACGUGAGCGGUU